AUGGCUGUUGCCUUGCCCGCUGCCACGCCUAAAUGGCGCUCAGUGCGACCCGGCAAAAUUUCUUGGACCGAAGCGGAAGUCGAAAGCUUGGCGCAGGCAAUUCGAGACCACCUGCCACUGAAUGUGGCGUCGGUCUUGGAGUCUGACAACUACAAGGGUGGAGACUUGAUUAUGCUGGGUUCUGCCAUCGCACGCCCGAGUGCACAGGAACUGGCAAACAACUAUGUUUGGCUAAAGCCAAUCAUACAGGCCUCGCCAACCAAGGUGCCCAGCGCCUACUUUGUGACGGACGCCUUCUUGACGCUUGACAAAAAGCUCGGCUACAAGCUUUUCAGACCCGGACCCGGGGAGGACCGGGCCUACCUCGCUGGACGCGAGGGUGUUCGCGCAAAGAAGUGUGUGGGGGCACUCCGGUACCUCUGGAGGAACUCCACCAAAGCGCAUGAUCAGAGGGUCCAGGACAUGAAGUCAUGCUUAAGCCCAAGCCCUGCUCGUGCUGCUGAGCCAGAAGUCGAUGCGGAAGAGGCUGGCGCUUUUUUGUCUGAUGCCGCUGCAGAUGACGCGCCUGUGGCUGAUGGAGAUGAAUCAGCGGAUUCCGAUGAAGCUGCUGCCCCUAUGGCUGAUGCCCCGAUGUCUGAAGCUGAACCAGGUUCAAGUGAUUCUGAUGUCGAAGUCGAAAAGCAGCAAAAGGUGAUUGAAGCUGAGCAGGGCUCUACAAGUGGAUCUGAUUCUGGCGAGACGCCCAAGACUGUUGAGCAGUCUUCGUCGGAAUCUGAAACCUUGAGGCUUCCUGGCAGGGUAGACGAGGAAAUCUCAGAUGUUUCAUCUGAAAGUUCAGACCUUCACAGGGAUUCUCAAGUGUCGUCUGGGUGGAUGGGCAAAGGGAUCAACUUUGCCUUUCACGAACAUGAGAAGGAGAAGUCUCGUGAGAAGCAUGUGGAGAGCAUGCUGAAGGAGUUGAAGGCUGACAUGGCUAUCCACAGAGGGUUUGAUGAGCUCAAGAACCGCGCUGUCGCCAGGCUGAUGGCGGAUGAGAAUGUUUUUGAGUUUUACGUGGAGUAUUGCCGCAGCUCCCUCCAGCGAUUUGGUGAUGUGGUCUAUGGACAACUCGCUGAUCGUGGGCACUACUUGGAGUGGAUCUUGGAAAAGAAACGAAUGUUGAUGAACAAGAGGAAGGAGAAGGGUGGCUCUGAGUCUGAAGAUGAUCAGCUUGCCUGCCAAGGUGACAAGGAUCCAAAGCCCUUGAAGCGAGCUCUGAGUUUCAUGGAUCUAGAUGGCUGUCCUCCAGAUGCUUCUUGGGAGCGGGCGAAAUGCUGCAAGAAACCCAAGCUGGCUGAUGCCGCUGUUGCAGCUGUGAGUGGCGAUAUGCGAGUUGUUCCACCAACUGUAGUGAAGCCGGCCAAGAAGAAGACUCCUUGUGAUGGGCCCAGGCUCGACGUCUUCCAGGGGGAGCGCUUGGAUGAUAUUCCACUUGAAGCGCGGCCGCUUCAAGGUGUUGAGUACAAGGGGAAAAAGGGCUACACGGUGCAUGGUGCGAACGGAGCUGCGAUUGAGGUCUUGAUCUUCACAAAAGCGUACGUCGUGAAGAAAGUAGGUGGACGUUCCUCAUCUGCCACUGCCAACCAUAAAACUGGUCAAGUGACAUGGACUAAAUUUGGUGGUGCAGGGCCUGCAUGGGCUGAAGCAAAAGCCCGUGCAAACUUUUGA